AUGGCUCUUGUGGAUCUUGUGCUGCUGGAAAUAGACACAGAAACAGGCAGAGAUGAGCUAUUGAUUGAGGGGCCUCCGGGGGCCACUGCAAUCGAAGACAUGAGCCGCUGUGACGGCCGGGAGCUGGGACCUGCAGCGAACCCCUUCACCCCCCUACAGACCCCGGCGAGUCUGCGUUCCAGGACCCCUCACCCCGCAGCAGCCGUGGUGGUGCCUUGCCGCGGGGCACAGAGGCGUUUCUACACACACGGUGCAGAUGAUCCAGUCCUGGGUCAAGCGGCAGGGAGACGGGCCAAAACGGGCGUGAACAUAAAGUAUUGA